UUGCAUAAAUAGACACACGUCUCGUACGUUGCAUUAGUACAGAAAUUUCCUUCUGUCCGACUUGACUCUCCAAAGAAGCUUGAAAUUGCUUCCGAAGAUCCUCAGUGGAAGAACCCAAGAAGAUGUCUCUGCCUCCGCUGCUGUAUUCCUCCUGGUGGGAAGGAUUGAAUCGUCCCCAUUAUCUGCGUGAUCAGGGUUUUGGUAUGGGAAUUCGUCCUGAUCUUACCCAGCGACAGCUAAUGGAUCGUUAUUACGCUCCGUUGGGUAGUGACGUCUCUGGUUUUUCAACGAUCACCGACGAUAAAAACGUCUUUCAAGUUCUGCUAGACGUUCAUUUAUUCAAGCCUGAUGAGAUAAAAGUGAAACUAGUUGACAAAUUUGUUGUGGUUGAAGCCAAACAUAUGGAGAGACAAGACGAGCAUGGUUUUGUCACUAGGCAAUUUUUACGGAAAUAUGUAGUGCCUGAUGUUGUCGACACUGAUUUAAUUAAGGCAGAAUUGUUUGUUGAUGGUAUUCUGGUGAUUAUGGCACCGGUUAAAGAUGUCAAAGAAAAUAAACUUGAGAAGAUUAUAAAUAUUGAGAGAACUGGAAAGACUUUUCUUGAUACUAGAAUGAUGGGUGAUACUCAAAAUUUCCCGAUUGGCACGGAUCGCUACAAGGACACGGUCGUCCAUACUACUGACAUGGAUCAGGGUCUUACUACUGGUACUACUCCUGGUACUACUUCUAACACUACUUGUACUACUGGUACUACUACUGGUAUUACUACUCCUACUACUACUGACACUACUGCUGAUACUACUACCUAUGGUAUUACUACUGGUAUUCCUACUGGUAUUACUACUGGUACUACUACUGGUACUACUACUGGUAUUAUUACUGCCCCUACUACUGGUACUCUGGAUACUAUGCAAAAAUUGAACGAGAGUAAGAAAGACAGCGAAGAGAUUAUGAAGGACAAGAGGAGGGAACUAGACGAAAUGAUGGAAGGCAGGAGGGGAGAAUGCAUGAAAUUAGUCGAGGAGAAGAAGACAAUAUAUGAGAAUUUAAUGGAGGAGAAGAAGAAGAACGAAAGGGUAGAAAAUAAGUUAAAGAUGGACGAGAAGAAGAGAGACGAGAGAAAGAAGUUUUAA